CCAGCCAGGCCAGGCCGCCUGACCAGGCCCCCACCGCCCCGCGCCCCGCGGGCUGCCACCGCGGACUGAGAAUGAGACAUGGCAACCAUGCCGUCCCCGUCCCCGAGACUUCGCCACUACAGGACCAUGACGGCCAUCUGCUUCGUGUGCAACCUGCCCAUCCUGAGCCACCAGGUCGGGCUGGUAUGGCAGGGCGGCAACGGCUGGGACGACCUGAUGCGGGGCCAGGAGGAGGAGAACACCAUCCGGCAGCGGCUGGGCGGCCGCAGGGACUCGGCCACGCAGAUCUCGCAGAUCUCGCCGCCCAACGAGAUCCGGGAGACGUCGCCGCCGCCGCAGAGCCGGCGACGGCGGUCGUCCCUCGCGCAGCUCACCGACAUCCUGCGCGACUGGACUGGCGGCUCCGAGACCAAGGGCACCCGCAAGGACGCGCAGCUGCACCGCAGGGAGACGCUGGGCGACAUCGCCAAGAGCCUGCCCUGGCCGCGCUCCACCGACAGCGCCGCGGCCCUGCGCAAGCGCCGAGAGUCCUCUGCAGAUAACCAAACAUCCAGGAUCUUCGCCAGCGGCCGAGCUCCGUGAAGGCGCGCCGGGAGUCGCAGUCCUCCUCCGGCUUCUCGGACUUCCGGUCGGACUUGGCGCGCCUCUGGUCGUCGCGGCGCGACUCGGUGCUGCACGCCGUCCCGCGGGAGAUCAAC